AGUCUUCCAUCUCUCAAUUCCCAUUUUAUCACAUCUGAUUAUCUGAUCUCUCUGAGAUUCAACAGAUUUAAGAUUUGGAAUUUGAUCAAUUUUCAAUAGAAACUGUAAGAAGCUGCUAUAUCAAGAUAUGGAGAAUUAUGAAACAGAGAUGAAUCUCAAGGCAACAGAGUUGAGGUUGGGUUUGCCAGGAAGGGAUGAGCUGGAGAACGCUGUUGUUAGAUGCAACAAGAGAUCUUCACCAGAAGCCAGUGAGGGAGACUCCAAUGUUAAUUCUAAUGGCUCUUCAGAUAUCACAAGUGAUGAUAAAGAUAGUGCCCCACCUGCCAAGGCACAAGUAGUUGGAUGGCCACCAGUUAGAUCUUUUAGGAAGAAUAGUAUGCAACAGAAGAAGGGUGAAGGUGCUGGGAUGUAUGUGAAAGUGAGUAUGGCGGGUGCACCUUACUUGAGGAAGAUAGAUCUCAAGGUUUACAAGAGCUACCCAGAACUUCUCAAAGCCUUGGAAAACAUGUUCAAGUGCACAUUUGGUGAAUAUUCUGAAAGAGAAGGCUACAAUGGAUCUGAAUAUGUCCCAACUUAUGAAGAUAAAGAUGGUGACUGGAUGCUGGUUGGAGAUGUUCCAUGGGACAUGUUUAUGUCUUCCUGCAAGAGGCUGAGAAUUAUGAAAGGAUCAGAAGCAAAGGGGUUGGGUUAUUUUUAGCCCAAAAAAACAAAGCAUGCAAAUUUGUGGAGUAAAACUAGUAUACAGUGAUGCCAUCCAAGAGAUUUUUCCUCUGUUUGGGUUGUGUGAGCAAGCACUUUAGCCUCUCCCAGAAGCAUAUGGAGCUGAUUAAAGAGAGAGAGAGGCACAUACACACUUUUUCUUUGGCUUUAUUUAUUUAUUUAUUUCAACAGAAAUUAAAAGAGAAAGAGAAUAAAAGAAAAGCAUAUACUAUUUUAAUUGUACAGAGGAUAUAUAUCUCAUUUUUCCAGUAUCCGUUUAGCUGCAAAUUAUGUAUACAAAAGGGGAUGGAGAAGGUGAAGUUUCAUUUUUUUUUCUUUGUUUCUUAUUAACAUCUCAUAUUUACUUGAUUUAGACAA